UGUCAAAGGAAAAAACAUUAGCACCUAUGUUUCGAAAUUGAAGUGUGAAAGUAAAAAUUUCAACGUACUAUGCGCCCUGUUUUUGCGUAUAGGAAAUAUUCGCAAUAUUUCAAAAAUGUAAAAAUAAUUGCUUGGUAUAUGUAUUACAUGUUUUAGUGGAACCGAACUUUUCUCAAAUGUGUUCAAACAGGGCCAUUGCUGACAGUUUAGAAUGCUGUAUGGACGAUUUGGUCGAAUGUUUCGAAGACUUUGUAAAAAAAUCUCUUUUCGUAAUAUCCUUUGGAGUUUGUUUAAUAAUCGCCAUGCUUGCUUACAUACUAAAAGUUGUCAAAGAACGUCCACCUAUACAAAAUAUUAUCGCAGAAGAUGCAGCCAGUGCUCAAUAUGAGAUAAGGAAUAUGGAACAAAAAGAUGAUCAUAGUUUAAAAAACGAUAUUUUUAGUAAAUUUUCUCAGAAGAAUAAACCAAAAGACGACAUUUUAUUUCCUAGUGAAAGCUAUGUUCAGACAACAACAGCUGUCAAUACUAUUCCAAGACUUCAAACUAUGCCAAGUUAUGAUGAACGAGUUUUAAGGGAAAUUGGUUUCUCUUCAUGCUCCAAAUCUGGCUGUAAGAGACGGUUUGGUAAUAACAACGAUGUCCCUUCACGAGUACCGAUACCAAAUUUAACGUCAUCACCUCCGAAGUACAAGUCAAUACACUCAAUACUUUUGAGUAAACAUAAUAUAUCAUCCUCCCAAUUAUGUUCAAAAACUAAACGAGGUUCCAGCUGUUCGAUUUGUAGCAACAACGAUGGCGAUGCACAGCCUCGUUGAUAAAAUCUUUGAUAAAAAAACUAUUAUGAUAAAAAAACUAUGAUAUGUUUCGACUUCAAAUUGUGACGUGUUGUAUAUUCGAUACUUUAAAAUUAUU